AUAAAAUUUAAAUAGUAUAAAACAUCGUGAGUCGUCAAUAAUAAUGGCCACAUUCUGCUUGUGCAUAUAUAUUACAUCGAUACGCACCUGCUGGUGUCGCUUAGCUUGUCAUAAUCCUCUGUUAAGACAAAGAGAAACAAAAAAGAAUAUGAACACAACCAAGAAGGUGUUGGAUGUGUCACCGUUCUUGCUAUUAGAAUCAUCUGCAGAUUCUGAUUCCUAUCGCCAGGGCGGAGGCGCCGAUCAGAUAGAGGGUGCCCACGACGGCGAACCCAACGUUAACAAUAACGAUUACGCGGAUCGAGAUGAUACUGAUGAGUCUUGUACUGCCAAUCCAUACGAGACGUCUUGUGUGACGACCUGGAGACCGAUUUUCGACGCGGAGGAUACGGUGAAAGAAGAAAUAAUUCUCACAGCAGGGGAGGAAGAAGAUGAGGACGGAGAAGGAGAGGUGAACAGCUACAUCAUAAGAUAUAUGAGAAGUCAACGUGAAAAUCUGACUGUUGAUUCUAGUGCGGUGGUGAGUGAGAUGGAUAAAAAUCGAAUGUUCUGGGAAGCUUGUCUCGCUUCCUGAUCUGUCUCACUGAGAGGCAAAACGAACACCGUCUUCUUGUCUAAGCUAACUAGGUCUAAUACAUGUCUAUCUUUUUUUUUUUUUUUUUUUUUUUUGGGAUUUUUGCUUGCAGAGGUGUCCAAGAAUCACAUCUACCCAUCAAUUAUGUCCACAGAUUUCUUCAUCAAAUAACAAAAGUAUCAACAUCAAUCUAA